AUGCCCAGCUCGACGAACCUAAUACACUCUCGAAAAGCUCUACAUAUGCCAGGUCACUGCCAUCCACCAGAUCAUAAGCGCACGCUCCAGCCGGAGAGCUGGGGAGUGGGGAUAACGGACAUCUCUCCUUUGCUCCUGUUCCAUAAAACCAAUGCAAACCCCACUUCGACGAUCGUACCGCCUUUCCUAGGUCCACCAUGGCUCGCACGACCCGGCCACUUGCAUCCCUUCGUGCAUCGACUCACGAAGGGACCUCACACGUACAUCGAUCAUCUGAUCGGUUGCGCCUUUCUACUCGUUGCCCAGAACUUCUCAGUCACCCCACGCCCAGACGCUCUAUGUGUCGUUACAUCCAUGGUAUAUCACCCAACAGCCGCAAUCUCUGCCCGUGAUACGAGCAAUCGUUGUCUCUGGACUCAGCGUACAAACUUUACACCGCGUACAUCCUCCGUCGUGCAGUUCGUCGUCGCAUGGGCUUCCGCAACGUCGCACAUACAGAUGGUACCCAUCGCUGAUUGGGCUCUUGCGAAGAACUGGGUUUACGGCCGUACAGCGCGCUUGAUCAAAAGUGAUUGGAGCGGUUCAACGCAUCACCUCCCAGACGACAGCCCUCAAUCCCUCCCAGUUGGGGUGGUCACGUUGACUUGCGAGCGAGUAUAUUCCCCGACCGUGGGAUCCAACCUCGUAUGGAAAGAGUCGAAUGAAGGGGCAUGUGUCGUCGCCCUUUGGGUCCGAGAGAGGAGGGGAGCCAAUGUAACAACUAUCCGUCAGGAUUUUCCGAACGCGCCGAUGUACUUGUUCCUCUAA